AUUCAAGAAAAUAAACAUAGAAAACAUAAUUUAAAACCUUUUAAUCAAUUAGCAAAUUCAUCUCAAAAAAUAUGUGAACAAAAAUUUAGAAAUAUGAUUAAAGAUUUUGCGGAUCAAAAUUCAAAAAUAUUAUUUAAUUUAGAAGAUAAUAUUUGA